GCUUCGCACGGCGCGGGGUGCGAAACUGGGAGGCCCCGGGUCCACUCGGUUCGGGGUGGAUGUGUGCUUUCACCAGCUGCCAGGAGCCAGGGCUCGGCGGGGUCGCCGGGACGGUCGCAGUGACUCGACCUGGUCGGCCUUUCCUGUCCCCGGCCCCGACACCGGUUCGGUCAGGUGUCUUUCUCGGGCACCGCGCAGACACAAAGGCUGCAUCGGAUCGCCAUUCGUAAACAUUCUGGCUCCAGCGACCUUGGGAGCUUCUCGAUCUUUUGGAGGUCGCCGCGACCGCGCGUCCGCCCCGCAGAGCUGCGCUGACCGCCGAUAUGGCGGUGGACCGCGAUAAGGAGGUGUACUUUGCAGAGCUUGCGGAGCAGGCUGAGCGCUACGACGAGAUGGCGAACCACAUGGAAGCAGUAGGGAAGUUGGGUGCCGGGCUGUCGGACGAAGAGCGCAAUAUCUUGUCCGUGGCCCACAAGGACGCCGUGGGCUCGCGCCACGACCAGCGUGGAGCAGAAGGAGACGAGCAAAGGGAACGAGGAGAACGCAAAGUUCGCCAAAGAGUAUUGUGCGAGAAGGUGGAGGGCAAGCUGGAUGAGAUCUGUAAAAAAGAUCCUGGUUGUGCUGGACGACGGUCUCAUCACGAGAGCACCGACAGGCGAGUCGAAGGUCUUCUACCGGCAGCUCUGGCCACGGCACGGCCGGAGGUGUCGAGUGGCAGUGGCCUUCUGGCGCGGCGGAGCCCAGUUGCCGAUGCUUGCCAGUUGGCUGUCACCUUCAGUUUCGAUGAGGAGGCAAAUUCCUUCAAGGCCCUGGCAGACAGAUGGGAGGUGCACCGGCCAGGAAAAGGAGAAGUCAAAAAGGACUCGAAGAAACGCCCGGCCAAGGAAGGCGGCGGAGCCAUGGACACGAGCCAGUCUCAGAUCAAGGGCAGCAAACACCUGUUCCGCCCCCGAAAGGUCUUCAUGAUCGCCAGCCUGUUCGCGCGAAUCUCCGACAUCUGGGAGGCGGCCCCAGAGUCCAUCGGUGGCGAGGCCAAGAAGCAGGGGCAAGAGCUGAUGACCAAUUUGAACAGCCUUGAACCCAAGACGUGGAACCAUGUGUUCACGGGCUUCCGCAGCAUUUUCCCAAGCCCAUGCCUGGCCACCCUUGGUUGUGGGCGCUGACGGUUAACAUGCUGUUCGUCCCAGAUGGCAUCAAGGAGCAGUUGCUGGCCUUGAUGCAGAUCAUGUCGUUCGAGUUACGCAAUGUGUGUGUCGAGCUGAAGAGAACGUUCCAUGGAAAGCCCGAGGGGGACUUCACGACGGGCUCCAAAGCCAGGAGAGAACAGGGGACAGGGAGUGUCCCUCAGAGCUGGUGGUCUGGCGUUGUGUUUCGAUGUGCGUUUCGCCGCGUGGAGCACUACCGUCCUCCUUUUGGUGGAGGGGGAGGGCACAGGCCUGGUUCGGACACGGGGUCGGCACCCCCAGUGGCGUUUCCACGGGUUUGCUGGCCCAAGUGGUGAUAUUUUGCAACGGGGUGUUCUUGACCCUGGGGUGAAUUUGUUUUGAUCGCGUACCUUGGGCACCUGUAUCCGAUCCGGGCUACCUGCUCACCUAUACAUUGAUGUUUGAGCCAUGAUGUUUGAGUCAACGUGUUCACGUUGACCAAGGAGGGCGACGAGAGCAGGGUCACCAUCUUGUUGCCCACAUGGCUGCUCGAGUUGUAUGCCCAUUUCCUAUCCCAGGUCUUCUACCAGAAGCUGAGAGCCGAUUGCUAUCGCUACAUGGCCGAAUACACCAGUGGCGAUGCCAAGUCGAAGGCUUCGAAUGAUCCAAAGGUAGCCCACGAGAAAUCGCAAACGAUUGCCACUAAGGAUUUGCACUCGAUCCGCCUUGGCCUUUCUCUGAAAUUCUCAGUUUUCCAAUGGGAAGUGUUGGCGAAUCCGAGCGAGGCGCGCAAAGUACCGCCCACCGCUUCGAGGACCUGACCGCCGAGCUUUAGAAUGUCACAGAAGACUCAUACAAGGGCCCCGCACUCAUCGUGCAGAGGUUGCGCGACAGCCUGACGCUCUGGACAUCGGACCUGGAGGGCGCACCCUGAGGGUAGCAGGCUCCGCGCGCAGACUCUGCGGGGCCGCUGGAAGAGCGAGCCAGCUCGUUGGCGGAAGAAAAAACAAUGUAAUUCUACCGCAUCAGAUCGCCAUGGCGCCAGGCUCUUGUUUCAAUGUUUCUUGGAAGCCGGGGGCCAGGCCUGCGCCCGACACCUCGCGGGGGCCUUCCGCUGCGGCCGCAGGCCCACUUCCGAUCGACCAGAAAAUUCGGCGCAGGUUAAGUCGGAAGGCCCCAGUCCGACGACGGGGGCUCGGACCAUACUGCUGAUCUGUGAUUCGGCCGGAAAGGGGGCCGUCGAGCAAGCUCCUGCGCUCAACGGAGCGCCCCUCGCUUUGGAAC